GGUUCCGCGUGAUUCUGUCCGUGCCCUACUAAGAGCUGCACUUGUCCACGAAUACUCAAGUAUCAUCAUCAUGUCUACAGUCGCAUCCCAGAUAGUCCUUCAUCCUUUCGUAUCGCAAACCCUCAAGCUGGGUGGAACCACUCUUGGUCGUGAUAAGCUAUAUCGCACAGUCCAGUACUUUGCGCGUUUUCUGGCGUGGUUUCUCUUGUCUCGCGGACAGAAACUUCAAGCUGCAAGAUGGAAUGCCCUCAAAACUCAUCUUGCGACUGGCAGGAAACUCAUGCGGCUGGGAAAGCCCAUGGAGCAUCUUCAGGCAGCGCUCCGCGCCAUCAAGCCCACUCCUGAAAUGAGCGAGCAAUUAACCACCGUAGGACGACAACUUGCUUACUUUGGAUAUCUCACAUACGACGCUGUUAUCUGGGCCAAUUCCGCAAAAUUUAUCAACUUGAAGCCUGCCACAAGCGCCAGGGCGACGCGAGUAUCUAACCGAUUCUGGCUGGCGGGAAUCCUUUUCAGCAUUGCCCAUGGGUUGUUAAAGGCCGGGAGGUUAGCCCAGGAAGCUAAAAGGCUGCGUGCUUCGGAAAAAUGGGGCGAGAAAGAGCUUGGUGACGAAGCUCAACGGGAGCUCAAAAUCAUGGCUCUCGAAAACAUACGUGCCGACACUCGCUACCAAUUCACGAUCGACGUCCUUGAUAUCUGGAUACCGGCUUCAAACCUCGGUCUCGUCAAUGUGAACGAUGGCUUUGUUGGAAUCUGCGGAUUGAUAUCAUCUGUGAUGGGUCUUCGCUCACAAUGGGCUGCAGUCAACGGCUUUAAGAAGUGAAAAAAAAACCACAACCUCCUUCGCCUUUCAUUCACAUUCAUUACUUUUAUUGCUUGUAUGGCUAGCUUUUUUUUUGUUGUACCGCGAUCUGGCAUGGUUGCUAGAGCGAUUGGCCUGUAUUACUGUAGAUAGCGCACUCGUGGCUAUGUAACAGGAGAGAUACGCUACAGGCUCUGAGUAUUUUUUCUAACAGAAAUUAUGAUAUUUCUUUGGAUUCCGCCCCGUCGACGUUGUAAGUGACUCUAAGCGAUGGUAACCACCUUGGAGGGACCAGUGGAAUUUGCAUGGCGUACGGCACAUAAAGAUUGUGCUCUGGAUGUCACGAAGAUACAUCGGCAGCAGUCUGCUGCUGAGGAUUCCUUAAUCGCAGGUAUUCUUUACGGACCAGGUCCAUAGCUUCGGGUCCAGUGUACCGCAGCAUGCAAUUUUGUACAUUCUUGUACUGGUCUCUACACGCCCAUGCGACGGAGAUGGUGCGUCCGGUAGCGCAUUCUGCGAAAUCUUUCACGAUAUCAUCGCAAUCCUUCAACGCACGAGCUUUGGUGGCCUUUAAGAGUGUGUCUUCUUCCCUGCGCGAUAGCGUAUCCAUUGGCACUU